CAAACAGUAUAUACGAAAAAAUUUCCUAGGUUUAAUCUAUCCCAAUUUUUCAAUUUUACAAGAAGAUAAUUUUUAUUUUUCCGCGCUCUUUGAACAUUGUUAUUCUGUCCCUAAAAAUUGUUUAAAUCGCUUCCGAAUGUUUGAUGAAAUCUUGAAUAAAAGGGUAUUAGAAAAAAUGCUCUCUCUCUCGUAUAAUUGCAAUUUUUAUUAACAUACAAGUUUUAAAUGCAAUAGAUGACAGUUGUUGAGACUUGUGCAAAACAUCGCGCAACUAACUUCAAGCGAUGCAAUUUAAGUUUGUCUAGGCUUUCAUAUAUCAUCAUGGGCAAUAGAACGAAGAAGAUUCAGGUCUAUAUGGAGAUUUGAAGAUCCAUUUCUUAUGCGAUUACAUAUGACUUGCAUUCUGUAACAUCAUUAAUCAUGAGUUCUCAUUAACUUGCUCUGGAAUAUUGCCGAAUUUGCGCAAACUGCGCAACUUUUCGUCGAUCGUAGUUCAUGUCAUGGCUCUACGUCGUGGAAAACGUAAUCUGAAAUUGCAAGUCUCCGACGAAACGCCUGCACCAGUAACUCCACCAAGAAAUUUAGACAAACGGACUACUAUCACUAUAGACGAAAAGACAUUUGAAGUAGAAGCGGACGAUUUAGAAACACUUUGCGUGCUUGGUCGUGGAGCAUAUGGAAUCGUCGAUAAAAUGCGACAUAAACAGAGUGGCACAAUUAUGGCUGUUAAGAGGAUAGCUGCUACUGUUAAUACACAAGAACAGAAGCGACUGCUUAUGGAUUUGGAUAUUUCCAUGCGUAGCUCUGCAUGUCCUUAUACAGUACAAUUCUAUGGAGCCUUAUUUCGAGAGGGAGAUGUAUGGAUAUGUAUGGAAGUGAUGGAUAUAAGCCUUGACAAAUUUUAUACAAAAGUAUAUAAACACAGUCGUGCCAUUCCUGAAGAUAUUUUAGGAAAGGUGGCUUUUGCGGUAGUAAGCGCAUUACAUUAUCUCUAUUCACAAUUACGGGUGAUUCAUAGAGAUGUAAAGCCUAGUAAUAUCUUAAUUAAUCGGAAAGGUGAAGUAAAAAUUUGCGACUUUGGAAUAUCGGGUUACCUUGUGGAUUCAGUUGCCAAAACCAUCGACGCCGGAUGUAAACCAUAUAUGGCUCCAGAAAGGAUAGACCCAUCGGGUAACCCAUCGCAAUACGAUAUUAGAUCCGAUGUCUGGUCGUUAGGAAUUUCCCUCGUUGAAUUAGCAACUGGUAAAUUUCCAUAUGAAUCAUGGGGUACGCCGUUUGAGCAACUGAAACAGGUCGUGAAAGAUGAAGCCCCGAAAUUACCUGCUGGAAAGUUCUCUCCUUCGUUCGAGGAAUUUAUCAAUAAGUGUCUGAUGAAGAACUACACUGCCCGUCCAAAUUACAGUCAAUUAUUGGAAUUUGAUUUUAUCAGAGAAUAUGCCCAAAAAGAUACGAAUGUGGCCGAAUUUGUCGGAGAAAUUUUAGACUUACCGGAAAAUGAACAACCGGUAUAGUGCAUACGUCGCUUUGACGUAUCUUGCAAUAUAAUUUGACAUGUAACUUGUAUUUUCGCAAGACAGUCGUGUGAUGGUAUUGUCAUAUGUAAUUUAUAUUCGCGGAUCGCGUUUAUAAUCAUUGUGUAUCGAAACAUAAACUGGCACUCGAAUUAUUAUUUCUUUAUUUAUCCUCUUCAUUAAUUUUUAUUAAUCGCGUCUAAUACAUUUGUAGCAUUCAUAGAUUUGGCUGAAAAUAAUUGAUUCUAUAUUUCAAUUCUAAUCUUGUGGACUCGAAGCAAAUAUGGAAAAUAAGUAAAACCUUGACAUCUCGUUGCCUUAAUAUUGCAUAUAUGUGCGCAUCUUUAAAAACACAAAUUAAAAGAAUUUAUUAUAAUCCUAGAUUGUACAUAAUGAAAUGUGUAUAAUCAAAAUUGUAGUUAUUUAAAAAACAGCUCCAUUUAGUAGUGAUGACUUGCGUCGAUCAUAUUAGUGUUAGAAAUUGAAUGUGUGACAACGAAUAUCGUACAUGUACACAUAAGUAUGGUUUUUACGCGUACGCGCGCGCGCGCGCACACACACACACACACACACACACACACAUAUAUAUAUAUAUAUAUAUAUAUAGAGAGAGAGAGAGAGAGAGAGAAAAAAUAGAAGUUUCUUGUAAAAAAUGACCUAGAUCCUUUUCCAUAUAAUUUAGUGCCGUAAUGUUAUUAAAAUUAAACUAUAAUAAAUAAACGAAAGAGUAUAAUUAA